UUUUUUCUUCUGUGAGAUUUGGAAAGGUGGCCAUACAUUUCUUUCAAGGACUUAACUUACAGUGAGUGUGAGGUGGGCUGGCAGAUGCGGCAUCGAGCGAAUGGAGUUGAGUGGGAGGAGUCUGAGAAAGGUACCGCUCCUUCAGCAUCUUUCCUGAGGAGCAUCCUAAGAGGCUCCCGACUUGCAAUGAAUGGGACGCAAGCAUGCAGCCUGAAACAAGUUAAGACACCAUCAACGGCACUUUCCUCUUAAUAAAACACGGCGGGACUAUGGAUCUGGAUAAACCCGUUGAGACACCUGAGGAAUCCAUAAAGAGAAAGACAUUUUGAGGGAACUGGGAAAAGUGUCAGUGGAUUUUUAUCUUUCUUCAUUUAAUUCUUCAACUUUGAGGAUGCCGGUUUUGAAAAGGGAACAAGCAAGAGACGUGGGAGAUGCAAGUGGCCUUCCGAAGCUCCCGGUGCCCCCUUUGCAGCAAACACUGGACACGUACCUGAAGUGCAUGAGUCACCUCAUACCAGAGGAGCAGUUCCGAAAGACCAAGGCUAUUGUAGAGAAAUUUGGAGCACCUGGUGGGAUGGGAGAAUUUCUUCAGAAAAAGCUAAUGGAGAGAAGCGAUCAUAGGGCUAAUUGGGUGUAUGACUACUGGCUCGAAGACAUGUAUUUGAGCAACAGAUUAGCACUACCUGUCAACUCCAGUCCUGUUAUGGUCUUUCCUAAGCAGAACUUCAAGGGUCAAAGUGACGUCCUCAGAUUUGCUGCCCAUCUCAUUUCUGGCGUAUUAGAGUAUAAAUCUCUUAUUGAUGGACGUGCUCUCCCUGUAGACUACGCUCGCGGGCAGCUGGCUGGGACGGCCCUGUGUAUGGAUCAGUACAACAAGGUCUUCACCUCCUACCGUCUGCCAGGGCCAAAAAGUGACACUUUAGUGGCUCAGAAGAGUAUGGUUAUGCCUGAGCCCGAACAUAUAAUAGUGGCUUGUAAGAAUCAGUUUUUUGUUCUCGACGUGGUGAUAAACUUUCGUCGACUGAAUGAAAAAGACCUUUACACCCAGCUGGAGCGAAUCAGAAAGAUGGCAGACAUUGAAGAGGAGCGUCUGCCUCCUAUCGGUCUGCUCACAUCAGAUGGCAGAACACAGUGGGCUGAGGCUCGCAGCGUACUGAUCAAAGAUUCUACCAACAGGGACUCUCUAGACGUGAUUGAACGCUGUCUGUGUCUGGUGUGUUUGGAUGAGCCCUCUGGCAUUGAGCUGACUGAUACCAACCGAGCUUCGCUGAUGCUCCACGGAGGGGGCACGGACAAAAACGGGGGCAACCGGUGGUACGACAAGCCCAUGCAGUUUGUGAUAGGUGCAGAUGGAUGCUGCGGCGUUGUAUGUGAACACUCCCCAUUUGAGGGAAUAGUGCUCGUGCAAUGUACAGAGUAUCUACUGAGAUACAUGAGGGGAAGCCCUUCUAAGCUGGUGAGAGCGGCCAGCAUGAGCGAGCUUCCUGCCCCCAGACGACUGCGCUGGAAAUGCUCGCCAGAUAUCCAAGCAUUCCUCACGACCUCAGCAGAUAAAUUACAGAAACUUGCGAAAAAUCUGGACAUGAAUGUCAACCAAUUCACUGGAUAUGGCAAAGAGUUUAUCAAGAGACAGAAAAUGAGCCCUGAUGCUUAUGUUCAAGUAGCCCUCCAGUUUGCAUUUUACAGAUGCCAUGGACGUCUAGUGCCCACCUAUGAAAGUGCAUCAAUACGUCGCUUUCAAGAGGGACGAGUUGACAACAUUCGCUCCUCCACACCUGAGGCCUUAACAUUUGUGAAAGCUAUGGCCAAUAGCUCCAAAAUCACUGAUGCUGAGAAAAUGGAGAUGCUUAGGACUGCCAUUAAAGCCCAAACCAAUUAUACAAUUCUAGCAAUCACUGGGAUGGCAAUAGACAAUCACUUGCUAGGGCUGCGAGAGAUUGCCAAGGAGCUAAAACUGGAAAAGCCAGAGCUGUUUUCUGAUGCAACCUAUGCCACCAGUAUCCAGUUCAUUCUCUCGACAAGCCAGGUUCCUACCACUGAGGAGAUGUUCUGCUGCUAUGGUCCUGUUGUCCCUAACGGCUAUGGAGCCUGCUACAAUCCUCAGAUGGACCACAUCAUCUUCUGCGUGUCAAGCUUCCGUGACAGUGCUGAGACCUGCUCAGAUUUGUUUGAGAAGACUCUUGAGGGAUGCCUGAAGGAAAUGCAAGAUCUGUGCCGAAAAUGCAACACUGAAGCUAAAGCAGCUGAUUCCACAGAAAGGAGGGAGGGAACUCCCAAGGUAAUGAAGAAUGGAAACAAAUCAUAGCCAGAAACUACUAUGUUUAAAUCGCAUGGAAGAUGCAGGAAGUAACCACUGUGACUGUGCAAAGAGUGAACAUUUCGGGAGAAAAUCAUAGUCUUAAAAAUACAGCAAG